AUGCCGGGGGCCACCAGUACAGAGCUCUUCCAGCCGGAGACUGGGGGCCACAGUCAGAAAAGCAAUCGUGUGGGUCACAGCAUGUCACUAAGUAGAAGAAAAACCGAGCAAAACACAGACCGAUCCCAGGGAACCGGUGAGCAGUGGCGAGUGCUUACUGUCCUUCUCUGCUGCGCAGCGAUCCUCCUGGUGUUUGUGGCAACAGGCAGCAUCUUUGAGCCUGCCCUGCAGCUCCUUAGCGGCAGCCCCAAGACUUUCACUCGGGUGGAGGAGGCGCGGAGCUGGGAGGAAGCGCUGCGCUUCUGCCGGCAGGUCUACACCGACCUGGGCGACCUGCAGCGCAUGGACAGCGUGGGCGCCCUGAUGUCCAUCUCCUCCUCUCUGGGCUUCACCGAGGCCUGGAUCGGCCUCUUCUUCAACGCGCGCACGAAUGGCCUGAGCUGGUCCAGCGGCUCCACCUUCAGUGUCCUGCAGUGGAUGGAGCUGCCUGCCUUCUCCGAGGGCCUCUGUGCCACCAUCUUCUCCUAUCCCCCUUACUUAGGGGCCGCCUCCUGCACGGAGCAGAAGCCCUUCCUCUGCUACUACGACCCCGCCGUGGGCCACCGCACCUUCCCGGAGCCCUCACUCAGCCUGACUACCAGCCCCAAGCCAGCAGUUAUCAAGAUUGGCCAGCAGACCUUCAUGCUGUUUAAGCAGGUAGCGACGUGGCCCUCGGCCCUGCUAUACUGCCGCAGACAUCACACGGAUCUGGCGGACCUGCAGAGUGUGGCUGAUGAGGCGGAUAAGAAGGCCCUGAAGUCUAUCACCAGCACCACCGAGGCCUGGAUUGGCCUGUACUACAACGCGGCCUCCAGGUCCAUGAGUUGGUCCAGCGGCUUGGGGAGCAGCAUCCCGGCCUGGCUGGAGGUGCCAGGGCUGGAGUUGUUCCAGACGGGCCUGUGUGCAGGCCUCCGCGCCUACGCUGACUAUCCCCCCAAGGUCUACUCACUCGUCUGCACUUCCCUGCAGCCCUUCAUCUGCUUCUACGAUCCCUCCAUCGGACACCGGGAGUCAGCAGAAAUCCCCCUGAUCGCUCAGGUCCCUUCCGCACAGGAUGCCAACUGGACGACUCCCAGGCCAGCUGUGACCAGUGUGGGGAGCGGCAUCGAGAGCUCCACAGCUGCUCUUCCGCAGGCCCAACAUCUGAGUCCACAUACCGGCCUAAAGGCCGAAGAAGAAACAUCAGCACCACCAGAAUCAGGGCACUUUGGAAUCUUGAAAGCAGAUUUUACCAUCUCAGCUCUCAUGGACCCAGAUGAUCUGAAAGAACGAUUUUUGAGUGAGAUCCAAGAAGUCUUAAAGCUCCAGCUAAGUCACGAUGACUUCAGACUGACAUGGGUCGGCCUCGAAGUGAACAGCAGGGUGCACACAUCUGCUGAUUUUGAGUUUCCUUCUCACACAGCCUUCCCCGGGGUUUGA